AUGAAGAGCAAGGGCAUCGAGGUUGGCACCGGUCAGGCCGAGGCCCGUCGCGACGACGAUGUAGACUCGGACGAGGAGGUCUAUGCGACAGCCAGGGCCGUCGACGCAGCCAAUGGCGACGACGACUCGGACCGAGAGGCCGGCCCCGCCAAGAAGAAAGAGGGCGACGUCCUUGGGAGCGUCAACCAUGACGACAUCAAGUACAUCCCGAUCGAAAAGAACUUUUACGAAGAGCAUGCCGACAUUGCCGCUCUGAGCGAUGAGCGAGUUCACCAGAUCCGCUUGCAGCUAAACAUGAAUGUCAGCGGCCACGAUCCGGCGAAGCCCUGCAUCUCGUUCGGCCACUUUGGCUUUGAUGAGGCGCUGAUCAACAACAUCAUCAAGCACGGAUACACCGAGCCGACCGGCAUCCAGCAGCAGGCCGUGCCUGUGGCGCUUUCUGGACGGGAUAUCAUUGGUAUCGCCAAGACCGGAAGCGGCAAAACAGCGGCUUUCCUGUGGCCCAUGAUGGUGCACAUGAUGGAUCAACCAGAGCUCGCCAAGGGCGACGGCCCCAUCGGUCUGGUUCUGGCUCCGACGCGCGAGCUUGCCCAGCAAAUCUACACCGAGGCCAAAAAGUUUGCAAAGUGCUAUCAACUCCGAGUAUCCGUUGUCUACGGCGGCGCCUCCAAGGGCGACCAGUUCAAGGAGCUCCGCGCCGGCGGGGUUGAGAUUCUCGUUGCCACACCCGGCCGACUGAUCGAUCUGCUCAAGAUGAAGGCCACCCAUCUUCAGCGCGUCAGUUUCCUCGUUCUCGACGAAGCUGACAAGAUGUUUGAUCUGGGCUUCGAGCCGCCCGUGCGGUCCAUCUGCAACGCCAUCCGACCGGACCGGCAAACACUGCUCUUUAGCGCGACCUUCCAAAAGAAAGUCGAGCGGCUCGCCCGGGACAUCCUCACCGACCCUAUUCGCAUCAUCAUCGGCGGCAUCGGCCACGUCAACACCGACAUUACCCAGCACGUCCAGAUCCUCCAAGACGACACCCUAAAGUGGGACUGGCUCAUCACGCGCCUGGCCUCCUUUGCCGUCAAUGGACAUGUGCUCAUCUUUGUGUCGAGAAUCGUGGGUGUCGACGAGCUGUCGGCGAAUCUCAACUCUGCCGGAUUCCAGUGCGUCAAGCUGCACGGCGACCUGCUCCAGUCUGAGCGAGACCAGGUGCUGCACGACUUCAAGGCGGGCAAGGUCAAGAUCCUGGUGUGCACGGACGUCGCCGCUCGUGGCCUGGAUAUCAAGCAAAUCAAGACGGUGGUCAACUACGACGCAGCGCGCGACAUCGAUUCACAUGUCCACCGAGUUGGUCGAACGGGCCGCGCUGGUGAAAAGGGCGUGGCCUACACAUUGGUGACCCAGAGCGAAGACAAGUUUGCCGGCAACUUGGUCCGAAACCUCGAAGACUCGGGCCAGCUCGUACCGAAGGAGCUCAUGGAUCUGGCUAUGAAAAACGGAUAUUUCCGCAAGGGCCGCAUGGGCAUUUCCGGUGGCCGGGGUGGCCGAGGAGGCCGUGGCGGGCGAGGCGGCAGAGGCAGCGGUCGUGGCGGCUUCCGCGGGGGCAUUGGAGGCGACAGCAAUCCCAACAUGGUACCUGUCGGCGGCGACAGGCGUGGAAUGGGUCGUGGCGGCUAUCCCGGAGAUGAUGCCCGCGGCUCGUCAUUCCGCGGGGGCGCUGGUGGCUCCGAUUCCCGCGGAGGAUUCAGGAUGGGCUUCAAGCCAACUCAGUUCCAGAAGGCUUCGUCGUCUGCCGGCAGUUCCACGUCCUUUGUCCGGAAUCCAAGACAGUAA